GCAUAUCUAUUCCCUUUUCCUUGAAUUUUGGUCCUUUUCCCUAGAUUAGGGUUUCUUCAUUCUUCUAACCGGGAAAUUUCAAUUUGCUGUUUGUUGUCGUUUAUCCUCUUUGAUUUAGGGUUCAAACCCUAGAAGAUUCCUCGCAAAAGCUCCAGAUGGCGACUUUAUCUGAUUCAUUCCUUGCGGAUCUUGAUGAAUUAUCAGACAACGAAGCUGAUGUUCUCGAAGAAACAAAUGACGAUGUCACGAACAUGGAAGAAGAUAUUGAUGGUGACCUGGCGGAUAUCGAAAACCUUAACUACGAUGAUCUGGACAGUGUUUCCAAAUUACAAAAAAGUCAGAGAUACAUUGAUAUAAUGCAGAAAGUGGAAGAGGCGCUUGAGAAGGGUUCUGGUGUAUCGAAUCGGGGAAUGGUGCUGGAAGAUGAUCCUGAGUAUCAGCUGAUCGUGGAAUGUAAUGGGCUCUCGGUUGAUAUUGAAAAUGAGAUUAUUAUCAUCCAUAAUUUCAUUCGUGACAAGUACCGUUUGAAGUUUCCUGAGCUUGAAUCUCUUGUACAUCAUCCGAUCGAUUAUGCUCGUGUGGUGAAAAAGAUUGGGAAUGAGGUGGAUUUAACCCUGGUUGAUUUGGAAGGGCUUUUGCCGUCAGCCAUCAUUAUGGUUGUUUCAGUUACAGCAUCGACUACUAGUGGCAAGCCACUUCCUGAAGACGUUCUUCAAAAAACUAUUGAUGCAUGUGAUCGUGCGCUUACUCUGGAUGCAGCAAAGAAAAAGGUUCUUGAUUUUGUAGAAAGCAGAAUGGGAUAUAUUGCACCAAAUCUUUCUACCAUUGUCGGGAGUGCUGUUGCUGCUAAACUUAUGGGUACUGCUGGUGGUCUUUCAGCAUUAGCUAAGAUGCCUGCUUGUAAUGUUCAGCUGCUUGGUGCAAAGAAAAAGACCCUUGCAGGGUUUUCCACUGCAACCUCCCAAUUUCGUGUUGGUUAUAUUGAACAGACUGAGAUUUUUCAAACUACACCCCCUGCUUUGAGGAGUCGUGCUUGCCGUCUCUUGGCUUCAAAAGCAACACUUGCAGCACGUAUAGAUUCUACUAGAGGAGACCCAUCAGGUAAUGCUGGAAAAACUUUAAAGGAAGAGAUUCAUAAGAAAAUUGAAAAAUGGCAAGAACCACCUCCUGCAAAGCAGCCUAAACCGCUUCCUGUUCCUGAUUCCGAACCUAAGAAAAAGAGGGGUGGUCGUCGCUUAAGGAAGAUGAAAGAGAGGUAUGCUAUAACAGACAUGAGGAAGCUGGCAAACAGGAUGCAAUUUGGUGUACCGGAGGAAAGCUCUUUAGGUGAUGGGCUAGGUGAAGGUUAUGGAAUGCUUGGUCAGGCAGGGAGUGGCAAACUACGUGUUUCAGUUGGUCAGAGCAAACUUGCAGCCAAAGUUGCUAAGAAGUUCAAGGAAAAGAGUUACGGAAGCAGUGGUGCUACCUCUGGGCUGACUUCAAGUUUGGCAUUCACGCCUGUGCAGGGGAUUGAGCUGACAAAUCCUCAAGCUCAUGCACAUCAGCUUGGCAGUGGAACUCAGAGUACUUACUUCUCGGAGACUGGAACUUUUUCAAAGAUAGAGAGGACAUGAUUAGAUGAGAUUGGUCGAAGGGAAUUUACGAAAAUUGCGUUAGAAGAGUCUUCGAUUAGUUGAGUUGUAAUUUGCCAAUGUUUGGUUAUGCUGUAAUUUUACCUUUGACUAGUGGUGUAUAGACUUCAGCACAACUUUUGUUAGCUUACCUGCUUCACUGACUAUGGAGUAAUUGCCCCUUUCAUGCAA